AUGGAAGAAUCAAAAGCGCCUCACGUUGCGAUAAUUCCGAGUCCGGGAAUGGGUCACCUAAUCCCACUCGUCCAGUUCGCUAAACGACUAGUGCACCGCCAUGGCUUCACCGUAACUUUUAUCGUCGUCGGCGAAGGUCCACCGUCAAAAGCUCAGAGAACCGUCCUCAACUCCCUCCCUUCUUCAAUCGCCUCCGUCUUUCUCCCUCCCGCCGAUCUCACCGACCGCCCUCCGACGACUCGCAUCGAAACUCGGAUCUCGCUCACCGUGAGUCGUUCGAACCCGGAGCUCCGACGAGUUUUUGAGACUUUCGCGGCGGAGGGUCGUUUGCCGACGGCGCUCUUCGUCGAUCUUUUCGGUACGGACGCUUUCGACGUCGCGGUCGAAUUCCACGUGUCGCCGUAUAUUUUCUUCCCAUCAACUGCCAACGUCUUGUCGUUUUUUCUCCAUUUGCCUAAACUUGACGAAACGGUGUCGUGUGCGUUCAGUGAAUUAACCGAACCGGUUAAGCUCCCUGGAUGUGUACCGCUCUCCGGUAAAGAUUUCCUUGACCCGGUCCAAGACCGGAAAGAUGACGCGUACAAAUGGCUUCUCCACAACACCAAGAGGUACAAAGAAGCUGAAGGGAUUCUUGUGAACACCUUUCUCGAGCUAGAGCCAGAUGCUAUAAAGGCCUUGCAAAAACCGGGUCUUGAUAAACCACCGGUUUAUCCGAUUGGACCGUUGGUUAACAUUGGUAAGGAAGAGAGCAACAUUGGAAAGCAAGAGUCGGAAUGUUUAAAGUGGUUGGAUAACCAACCGCUUGGUUCGGUUUUGUAUGUGUCAUUUGGUAGUGGCGGUGCACUCACACAUGAGCAGUUUAAAGAGCUUGCUCUUGGUCUCGCAGACAGCGAGCAACGGUUUCUUUGGGUCGUACGGAGUCCGAGCCAAAUUGCUGAUGCUUCGUUCUUCGAUCCACAUAGCCAAACCGAUCCGUUAGCGUUUUUACCACCCGGAUUCUUAGAACGCACUAAAGGGAGAGGCUUCGUGCUACCUUCAUGGGCUCCACAAGCCCAAGUUUUAGCUCAUCCAUCGACAGGAGGGUUUUUGACUCAUUGUGGAUGGAACUCGACUCUAGAAAGUAUAGUAAGCGGUGUUCCACUCAUAGCAUGGCCGUUGUACGCUGAACAGAGGAUGAAUGCGGUUUUGUUGGUCGAAGAUGUUCAUGUUGCACUUAGGGCGCGUGCAGGGGACGAUGGGGUGGUGAGAAGAGAAGAGGUAACUAGAGUGGUUAAGGGAUUAAUGGAAGGUGAAGAAGGCAAAGGUGUGAGGAACAAGAUGAAGGAAAUGAAGGAAGGAGCCAGAAAGGUGCUGAGUGAUGAUGGGUCUUCUACAAAGGCACUUAGUCUUGUGGCAUUGAAGUGGAAAGCCCACCAAAGAGAGUUAGUGCAGAAUGGCAACCACUCAUGA